GGGAAACCGACUUCUCUUCUUGUGUGUUUUUGCGUUUGCUAAUCUGAUUUACAGAUAUUCACUGGAUCCACUGGUGUCACUGUGGGAUAGGUCAGUGCAAAGUUUGCUAGUUGCCUUAUAUCACUGCUGUUGUGGCUUCUAGUGUGAAGUAUAUUAAAAUGAGCUUGUUUUACAGGGAACCUAUUGUAUUUUCUUGAUAUUUUUCUUUUUCAGCACAAUUCACCCAGUAUGGCUUUUUAUUCUGUUACAUACAGAGCGAGCCAAAAUUCGGAGUACGGUUUCAGGAGUCAAUAACUUUUUUUUACUAACGAACCAAUUUCAAUGAUAUUACAUACAAUGAGUGCUUAACGUAUGGAGAUUUUGUUUAGGUACGGAAGGUGACAUCUUUUAAAUGAGUUCCAUUUACUCUGUCGUAAGGUAGUCGACUCUUUCGAUUGUGUUGUUAAUAAUAUCAGUUAAUGUUUGAGGUUGUAGCGCUUGAAUUUCUGCACGUAUAGUCUCAUUGAGCUGCUCAAGGGUGUGUGGUUUAACGUAAACCCGCUCCUUCAGAUAUCCCCACAGGAAGUAAUUGGGAGCUGAAAGGUCGGGCGAACGUGGCGGCCAAUUAAUCUGGGAAUUUUUUGAAACUGUUGUCUCAGUUUUGAAAAUAAAAUUCUGGUAUUUUUACUCCUUGUUCCUUCGUGAAAUUACCCAUGAUGAAUCUCCGUUAUAUGUACCUGAACAAAAAAAAUCGAACUACUAGCAAAUAAGUUAUUUACCUGUCAAAUCCUAUUCUGAAUUUCCUUAGCAGCAAAAUAAGGACAGAUACUUUGAAAUUCUGAUGUGAAAUUGGUAAGGAAAUUCACCAAAGUGCAAUUUGUUGGGAAUUCUAAAUAAAUGUAAAAGUUUAGGUUAAAGAACCUAAAUUGAAAGGCUGACUGUGAGAAUUUAUUCCAAUUUGUAUAUUUUGGCUUAGAAUUUGAGAGUUUGGGGCACACAUAUCCAAUUGUAGCAAAUUAAAACCUGAAAGCUAAGUUUCGGCUAAGAUAGCGGACUUGUGACUGGAUUUGGAAAUGUUUUCCAGAUCUGCUACUGUUGCCCAUAUUUUACCAUUCACGUUUCAGUUCACUAUCUGGCGUUUAGGAUUCCGGAAUGCACUUUUUGGAUUUAUUGUAUUUUACGGAUUGGUAACUGGAAAGUAGUGUGUGUGUGUGUGUGUAUAUGUGUGUAUGUAUGUCUCUUCGGUGACGCUACAAAUAUGGCAGUGUAUAAAACCACUGUGACCUUAAAUAUAUAUACAGCUAUAGGAGAUAAACGUCAAAUAAACCUCUUAUGGAAUAUGACCUUGUAGCAUUGAAACACUGCACAUCCAGAGAUAUUUGCACUGCAGGGCUAUGAUCUACACUAAAACUGUUUCAUUAAAGGAAUAUUAUAGGGUCAGGAAAACAUUAUAGAAUCAAGACCCUAUUGUGUUAACCCCUUAGUGACCAGACCGCUUUUCAAUUUACUUACCGUUAAGGAUCAGGGCUCUUUUUUACAUUUCUGUGGUGUUUGUGUUUAGCUGUGAUUUUCCUCUUACUCAUUUACUGUACCCACACAAAUUACAUACCAUUUUUCUCGCCAUUAAAUGAUCUUUCUAAAGAGCCAUUAUUUUCAUCAUAAUAUAAUUUACUAUAAAAAAAAAUUAUAAAAUAUGAUGAAAAACACACACUUUUUCUAACUUUGACCCCCAAAAUCUGUUACGCAUCUACAACCGCCAAAAAACACCCGUGCUAAAUAGUUUUUACAUUUUGUCCUGAGUUUAGAAAUAUUAUGUUCUUAGGUUUUUUUUGUUGUUUUUUUUGUGUGCAAGUUUUAGGGCUAUAAGUACAAGUAGGACAUUGCUGUUUCAAAAAAUAUAUAUUUUUUAAAAUUUAUCUUUAGUCACAUUGUAACACUGAUAUCUAUUAUAAAUCUCUGAAUAAAACAAAGGUAAAAGGCACUCGCUAUAGUAUAAUGUGUCACUUGGUGAGGGCUGCGGUACACAAUACAAGGAUUCCCAAACCUCGUGGAUAGAAAGAUCGUAAAGUGCAUGGCGUAUACUGUGCCCAAAAUUCAAACGUACAUAAAUCUUCAGAGGGUACAAUACUUUAGACCUCAGAAUAAUAGAAAAGACAAUAAUGGUGCAAUACAGUAUAUAAUACGAUACAAACUAUAAAGUAACUGCUGUAUGAGAUCCACUCACAUUUGAUUGACCUAUCUAAGAGCUCUGCUGUAUUGCGCGUGGACGGUAUAAUCCCAGUCUAAAGAUGUAUGGUGCUAUAGGCAGUGCCGGUGCUCCAAAUUGAAUGCAAAUAUGCCUGGUAUAUGUGGAGACAAAAAAAAAUUAAAAAUAAAAACAAAAAACUCCAAUGGUAUAAUUAAGUACUGAUAGAUUAAAAAAAAAAAAAAGGGUAAGAUGUAAUGUACUUACAUUUGUUAGAGCAAGACUUGCUCUAGUUAAAGCAGCAUGGGUGGUAUAAUUCCCACCUAAGGAUAUACUGGUACCAGGUAGCAGAUGGAAAGCAAAUCGCUAUAAAAAGUAACUUUAGUUGAAACAAAAUGUGAAAAGCAAUAAAAGAAUCUAAAAUUAGAUGCAGAAGUCCCACUUGACGCCUUUUGCCUGUAAUACUCAAUGUUAUUGCUUAAAGGACCACUAUAGUGCCAGGAAGACAUACUUGUUUUCUUGGCACUAUAGUGCCUUGAGGGUGCCCCCACCCUCAGGGACCCCCUCCCGCCUCUGGGGAGAGGACGGGGUUAAAAUCUUACCUUUUCUCCAGCGACAGGCGGGGAGCUCUCCUCCUCCUCUCCUCCCUUUUGGCUGAAUGCGCACGCGCGGCAAGAGCUGCGCGCGCAUUCAGCCGGUCUCAUAGGAAAGCAUUCAUAAUGCUUUCCUAUGGAUGCUUGCAUGUUCUCACUGUGAUUUUUUUAAAAUUUUUAUUUUUUAUUUUUUUUCAGUGAGAAGCACGCAAACGCCUCUAGCGGCUGUCAAUGAGACAGCCACUAGAGGAUUUGGAGGCUGGAUUAACCCAUUUAUAAACAUAGCAGUUUCUCUGAAACUGCUAUGUUUAUUUAAAAAAAAAGUUAACCCUAGCUGGACCAGGCACCCAGACCACUUCAUUAAGCUGAAGUGGUCUGGGUGCCUAGAGUGGUCCUUGAACUUAUUACAGAAGAAGAAGAAGAAUUGUAUUUGUUUUGUAUUUUUGAAGAACAAAAUCAAAUUGCAGACACCAUAAAAUAAUGCACAGAUUAGAUGGGCUGGUUGAAUAUCACUAUCUCUAUAGCAAAGUAAAAAUAAAGUGAGAUAAUAUCUGUGUAGUGCAAUUUAUUCACGCUCACAUCGAAUUCCAUUUAUAUGAUUUUAUUAAUUUUCAUUUUUCAUUUUUUUUUCCCCCCUAUAAAUUGAGCGAUAGUUGUUUAUGUUGACUGUGAUAUAACUAAUGAAAUGCAUUUCUUGCUAGAAGCCCCAAGACUUGCCUGCAGCACAUCUCGCCACAUUUCGAGUUGGAAGAUGUGUUCUUGCAACUUUGUGUUCAGAUCGCAUUGCUUUAGGGGUUUAUUGAGAAAUUGGCAGGUUAAUCUCCCUUUUCUCCUGUAUUUAUACAGGACGAUAACUAUAACAAAACUCUGCAUGAUUAGCAGCUGCUAAUUGUCUUACAAGGGUGAAAAUCAUCAGUUUUUUCAUUUGGAAAGUAAGAGAAACACUUGUUUUAGGAUGUGCAGAAACAUGUCUUUCAGUGUUGCGCACACACCAAGCCCAGUGUUUUGUUUGGAUUCUGACAUUCAUUUUCCAGACAUCUGGAUGAUGCUGUAACAGGCUGUGUUGGAGACAGCCAAACCGUGUGAUCUCACUGCGUUAUAUAAUAUCUUCCUAUUGUAUGUCAUCUGCUCUGUGCCGAAAGGCGUGAACACUGAACUCUGUAUUUCAGGGUAUUCUCUGUGUUCAGGAGAGUUAUUCCAGUUCUCCUAUAAUCCAGAAUCACUUAACUGGAUUUUAUUUGUGUGUUUUUAUGUUUUUAUGUGUUUUUUUUUUUAAAGUGCAGUAAGUCCUGAAAGCCUAUGUUAUCUGGUGUAAAUUCCGUAUCCAACAAUCGAGCUCCUUGUUUAACAUACAGUAACUGGUUUUUAAGAAGGUAUUAUUGGUUAGGGCAGAGAGUGGGUGAAGUAGGGAUAGACUGUUUUUAUAUCUGCUAAAGCUAUGAUGCUUUGUAAUAUGGAGUCUUUGUGUUUAUUUAAUGUCGAGUGUUUGCAGCGAAUUUAACGAGGCCAGGAUUAGUUUGCACCCAGUAAUUACAGCUGCAUGACUGACAGUGUUCUGAUCAUUGGGCGUUCAUAAAGCUGCGUGGGAGCUGCUACAGUUUAUAUGCCACAGCAUUUCACAAUAGAUUACAUUACACAGGCAGAGUAUUCUGUAGGCAACAUGACGCUAAGGGACAACACUGGACAGCAGACAUAUAGUAGCUGUUUGGCGGGUUGUUGCAUGAGUCAAUGGAAUAAUUCAUAAAGAUAAUACCUUCUCUUUUCCCUCUCUACCUCUUCUCUUUGUGUGUGUGUUUAAUUUUUUUUUCCUUUAUUUUUGGUUUCCUAAGUUAAUUUAGUUCAAAUUGUUUAUUAAUAUGUAUCGUAAAAUCUGCAACAAGUGCAUUAUAAUGUGAUAGUAACAAAUGUCUCCUUUUUUUUUUUUUUGUAUAUUUAAAUUUAUUUUUUUUUGGAUUCCAUGCUCCUGCGCAACGUGGGGAAUAGUGUUGUGCUGUCAUUGUUGUCGAAAAUUGUAAGUUUCCUCAAUAAAUAAAUUUAUUUUAAAAAAAACUCCACUUGACUGUGAUGGAAUUUUACUGAAAUUCCAACACCGUCAAAAGACAUACUGAUACAAAGUACAGACUACUUUUUGUCUUUCGUAUAUUCCCUCUGCUUGGUAAAAGGUAGCGUUAUCGCCAUCAUGUUUAGUCAAUUCCCCCAGCCGUCACUAGUAGGUAGAGCAGUGUUUACGGAUGGUCUUGCAGUAUACUCUGUAGACAUUAGUGUUGUACUUUUGUCCAUGCCCAAGAGUACAGCUUAGAUGUGGACUCCUGGUAGAUGAUGCUCAAAAGGAUUCUCUGGGUGGAGAUGUUGGCGGCUGCAAGGGAGAACUUACCUCCCUGCUUCUCUGGACCACCACACAUCAAAAUCUACAAAGACCCUAGAAGGUGACAGAGCUCUUUAAUAGCUAGGCACUAAGAGUAUAUUGGGGCUUAUUUAAUAAUGUCAAAAACUAGUUUGCAAUAUUUAGACCAAAGUAGCUGACUUGAAAAAAAAAAAAAAUCAGAUUGGCUAUUCAUCAGUUCUCUUCAGUGUUUGGUAUUUGGGGAAUAAACCUCAUUCUUUUGGUUGUGGCUUAGCUUUAAAUUCAGAUUUUUUUUUUUUCUUUUCUUAAGACCGUUUCAUUAAAGGGAUUCUCCAGUGCCAGAAAAACAAAAAAAAAAUUUGUGGCACUAGAGAAUCCUGGAGUGCACCCCCUCCCUCCUGCCCCCUCCCAUGUCGCUGAAGGGUUUAAAACCCCUUCAGACGCUUCCCUGAAUAUAUUGGCGCUGGGUCAGGUUCCGCCCACGCUCCUGACAUCGGCGGGGGGAGACCUAAUGCACGUACAAAUUAAGUUAUUCAAUGCUUUCCUAUGGGGAAAAUCUGAUGCUGGAGGUCCGUGAGGACGUUCAGCGUCAGAUAACGGACAAAAAGACUGUUUGGAUUCCAGAAGCGCCCCCACUGGCUGUCUGGUAGACUGCCACUGAGGGCAAACUUAGAGCUGCAAUGUAAACAUUCUCUGGAACUGUUUUACAUUCCAGCACCUAGACUACUUCAAUUGGCUGAAGUGGUCUGGGUGCCUACAGUGUCCCUUUAAUGUCUUAUUAAAGGAGCAGUAUAUUAAAAAAAAAAAAAAAUGUUUACACUUUUUUAAAUUUUUUUUUUUUAUCAUUUAUGUUAAUCCUGUUUUGAUUAACACCCUUUCACUUUUUUUUUUUUUUUAUUAAUCUUGGGGGUAGGAGGGGAAUUGUAGUAAAACUUACCUUUGUUCUUCUGUACAGGUGUUGUUUGUCCGCAACCAAUCCUCCUUUGCUGAAGCAAUCAUCAGAUGCUUUUCUUAGGAAAUUACCAAGGACACAUGGCAAUACCAUGUAACGUCGGGAUGAGAUCACAACGGGUGGGCAGGCCUCUCGGACAUCACCAGUAACUUGCAUUCCUGGCAAUGCCCAUAAUGGCCGUCCCCCAACCUACAGGAUCCUGCAGAGAGCGUUGCUGAAGCACUUUCUGCAUGGACCUAGUACCUGUUCACAUGUCUAAUGCUGAACUCGCGCUGUUCUGCCCAUGGAAACAUCCCUGGUGUCCCGCAUCAGGACAGUGGGACAAGCCCCCGAAAUCGGGACUAUUUGGGUGGAGUGCACGGCGCAUAUUCUCUAUUGCCAUGAUCCUCCAGGUGGAAGGUCUAUUAAAUUGUACGUGUAUUUUAUUAUCUGUGGCUCUCUGAAGUUUGAUUACCUCAUGCUUGUGUCUUUGCAAUGAGUUGGAUGCAAUAUAGCCCUGUUUGUGAAUGGUGCCAUCUAGUGGAUUUUUCACCUACAAGAUUGGAAAAGAAACAAUUUGACUUCGUUUUUUUAACAGUUGUCGUCAUAAGAAGGAAAUUAAUGGUUUUUGUCUACUAAAAUGAGUAGCAAAGAAAAAUGGAUUGGGGGCACACCCAAAACAUGCUUUCUACAGGAAUGGUGCUGCUGUAGUGACCAAUAUUCACACAUGAUACAAAUUAAGUUACGGCACACACAUAAAAAUACACUAAUAAUCUUAUCAGGCUAUCUAAAAAAACAAAAAUAGGGAUUCACUUACACCAUACGGCCAUACUGUUAACCCCACCACUACAUCACAUUACCCCAAUAUCGGUGGAUCCUACACUAACUUAAAUGUGGGAGACCAAUGAAAUAGUGCUAGUGCUCAGUAAGAUGAAGUGUAUUCAAUUAAUCUUUUGUAAGAGCAUUGUGAGUAUACAAAAUUAAUGUGAUUAAAAGCAAUUAAAAACCAUUAAAGUGUUAGUGCUUGGAUGAAUAUAUUCACAAUGCAAAUCAAUAUGUGCUCAUAACCUUCAUUUACCACAUAUUGAUUUGCAUUGUGAGUAUAUUCAUUAAUGUAGCAUUUUGUUUGUAAAUGGCAACCAGGCCAAAUCUGCCAAAACACCCCUUGUUUAAGCUGUAAUUAGGGCUCUGCUUGUAGAUCCCAUGGUGGAGGGUCUGCCUUACAUGUUGGAUUUAAACUGUGGUUAAAUACUGAAGUGUGUAAAACGGGACAUACGCCUAUUGUGAUACUCCUAUAAGUAUAUAACAUUUCUAAGAGCCAGAGUUUUACUGAUAGCUUUUCUUUUCUUCUCAAUAGAUGACUCACUAGAAAAUGACCAUUGAGGAUUUAGUGGUUAACUGUCCUGAAGGAGUCUUUUUGAGAUUUGAUCACCGAUACAGAUACCAUUUUUAUUACCCAAGAUCUUGCCGACCCGUGACGUUUUGUGUAUCUGCAGCACCAAUGCCUUCAGACUGCGGUGAGUGGGCAAUGUGUAUAUACAUCACAGGAGUAGACAAAGGUUAUUUUGGGUCAUGUACUUGCCUACUAGCGACUAAAAACUCUUAGAGUCUGAAAAUAUCUAUUUCUAAUUACUGGUGCAUUUUUAUAUUAAAGUCAUUUUCUGCUUUGAGGAGGGCAGAAACAUUGUGGAUCCCACUUAAGCAUAUUUUUAUUUUGGGAUGUUCUGAAAAAGCCUGUUAAAGGGUUACUCCAAGCCCCCUGUAAUGGUUAUGAUGUAAAAGAGUACCCUGGCCCAAUUCCCUGGUAAUAGGGCAAACCAUUCAGCAACACACAAAGGGGUUAAACUCUGUAUGUGCAACGUCUGAAAGUUAAACUGCACAUCCAGGCGCCAUGACCACUUCAAAUCACUGAAAUGGUUAUGGUGCUUGGAGUAACCCUUUACAUUUAAUCAAUAUUUCAAUCAUAUUUUUUUAAUAAAGAAUCCUAAAAGUAAUCUAAAGAGUGACAUUUUUUUUUUUUUUUUAAAUUAAUUUACAACACUUUAUGCAGAGAUUUUCAUCUUAGAAGAUUGCCGAAUUAAAAGCAUCCUUUCCUCUGCCUCCACAGGAUUGGGAAUGUCUAGCUGCGGGAUGGGUGAUUGACUGAUGCAAAUCAUAUGUUGAAUUGUUACAUUAUUGAUUCUCAUGAAGACUCUAUCUUCAGUGACUGUAUCCUGUUUAAUAGUAUGUUGCAUUACGUCAGAGAUAUUAAAUAAACUUUGCAUGCUUUUCUACUUUCUUUGACAGAAUUCUCAUUUUUUGACCCCAAUGAUGCUUCAUGUCAGGAUAUUCUGUUCAACCCGAACACCUCGAUUCCUGAGCUUUUUGCCAUUUUAAGACAAUGGGUCCCUCAAGUCCAACAAAGCAUUGAUGUCAUUGGAAAUGAGGUCAGAAACAAUGGAAGUGACUUUAUUUAUUUUGUGUGUGCGAACACCGAUUCAUAAAAUACAUUAGGAACAACCAGUAUUACACAUCUGCACCCCCACAAGGGUGGUGUGCAUAUUACUGGGAUUCCAUCGCACCCAACAAGGCUAACUACUGCGCAUAUCUCACAUGUAAAUGGCAACCAGGCCAAAUCUGCCAAAACACCGCUUGUUUAAGCUGUAACUAGGGCUCUGCUUGUAGAUGCCAUGGUGGAGGGUCUGCCUUACAUGUUGGAUUUAAACUGUGGUUAAAUACUGAAGUGUGUAAAACGGGACAUACGCCUAUUGUGAUACUUCUAUAAGUAUAUAACAUUUACUGGGAUUCCAUCGCACCCAACAAGGCUAACUACUGCGCAUAUCUCACAUGUAAAUGGCAACCAGGCCAAAUCUGCCAAAACACCGCUUGUUUAAGCUGUAACUAGGGCUCUGCUUGUAGAUGCCAUGGUGGAGGGUCUGCCUUACAUGUUGGAUUUAAACUGUGGUUAAAUACUGAAGUGUGUAAAACGGGACAUACGCCUAUUGUGAUACUUCUAUAAGUAUAUAACAUUUACUGGGAUUCCAUCGCACCCAACAAGGCUAACUACUGCGCAUAUCUCACAUGAACGUAACAUCACAUGUACUGACUUCAGGUGGAAGGGGUUUUUAAUCACUUUUUCCCCACCAUAACUCUAUUGGUUUGUGCUCCACAAGUAAUGCCAGUUACCAACCUCAUGCUGAUGAGUUGCAUUAAGAACAAAACUGCUGUCUAUGAGUGGGUCACUGGCUUUGCUCCUCUUCCUGAGUUGUGUUUAAAAGCUGUUUUAUACAGCAGAGACAAACUCCAAGGAAUCCAUGUUUAAAAUAGAAAAAUGAGACGAAAAGGUGAUUCUUUGUUAAACUAAUUUGCAUAUGCCCACCCAGAAUCCUUUGCGGUAGUAACAUCACUGCAAAUCUGAGAUUUCUGUGGGAAAAGCAAGUCUUAUGGCUUGACUCACAUGUGCAGAUCUGUGUUUAACAAUGUAUUAAAAAAAAAUAAAUAAAUAAACAAAUAAAAAAUAAUAAUAUAUAUUUCACUCCAGGGACUUGAAAUAAGACUUAACUUUUAUUACCUUGCCACGGGCUCUUGGAUGGGUCUGCUAUGGGCCAGGUCAGCAACUGUGGAGACCCAUAUUUUAUUCCCCCUAGUUCCCUUGGUUCAGCACUUCAUAAAGAACCGAACACUAGCUCAGGAUGCUGGCGGCCAUUCGCAUGGACCAAAACCGUGAAUAGACUUAGCCGCGAAUGCCCUGGAACUAUUUACGGCAUGAAAACUUUGCGGUUCUGGUCGAUUUCCCCCAGCGGCACUUAGCCGCGAUUUUAUGGAACUGUUUUGGGCAUGGGACCAUGCGUGUGGUCGGCCAAAACUAUGACUUCCAGGAAAUUCCUGAAUCCCUGAACCGAUCGGUGCUAUCAGGGGAUAUAACUUUUGUGGGGGUUUUGUAUGUUUUAAAGGUAUUUUGGGGUUUUUAUAAAAAUUUGUGUUUUUGUGUCUGGAGAUAAUUGAGUUAAUACAGUACUUGACUCAAUUAUCUCCCAGGUACAGAGGAGGGAUUUACCUAGUUUGUGUGGUAGAAUCCUGGAUCUGUGAGCCAAUAUGAUUGUGUAUUUGUUUCUACUGUGGUUUACUCUCAGUUCCGGGGGGGAGUGCCCCUUGCAUGGGAACUGUCAUAAGUCUUGUGAUUGUAGGGAAUAGCUAUACCUGCUUCGGAUUGCUAUACUGGCCAUAAUCACUAGCUCUUGUAAGCGCUAUACCUGCUAGACUCUCUGGAGUAGGAGAUGUCCACCCACUGGAAGCUGAAUCCUGGGUCCAGUGUGGGUGGAGGACAGCGAAACCCCAGCCAAGCUGCGGCAGCUAAGGGGCUAUGGUGCUUAUGGUGUCUGGUGCGGUGCUUAUAAUACUCCAGACUACUAGGAAGCGGCGAUUGGCGGAGGCAUCCAGUUUUGGUGCCAUGCACUCUGUCACACCUUACUUUAAAAUAAUGUCAACGUGUCAGCUGAAACGUUGACGUUAUUUUAAAAUAAGGUAAUAAAAGUUAAAUCUUAUUUCAAGUCCCUGGAGUGCUAUCCGCACAUAUCUUUUUGUAUUUUGGCUGGACAAGCACUGGGCAAUACAGCAGUUUUGGUGGAGUUCAGGAUUUUUCUAUUUUAUACACUGUAUUAACUUGAAUCAAAUGCACAUUCAAAUUUUGAAACCGCAUAGAUUCGACGCUGCAUUAGGUUUGAGUACAAACAACGCAUUAGAAAAGACGGGCAUGCAACGCGAAUUCGCAGUGUGAAAAUUCGACAAAUCUCGACAAACAUGCGCGGUACAGCUUUACUGUACAAAGAACCUAAGUCUUGCAUCCGUGUCGCAGCGAUGCAAAUUUCGCCUAUGUCCGUCGUAUCUGAUGCACAGUUUGUACUCUAAUCUAAUGUGCAGUGCACUGUGUUUAGCUCUGUCCUGGAACUGAGUGCCUUUAUCUUGGCUGUCAGUCAUUAUUAUAAACGAAUCCUUUUACACCUUGCAGACAGCAUAGAAAGGAAGAGAAAUACUCUUACUUCUUUUAAUACAGCGCGUAUUAUGAAAUGUCGUGUGGGUUUUUGUUUCUUUUGUUCCCUAAGAUUCAUUUUUGAAUAUGCCCCAUUCAUUUCUGCAACACAAUGAAUUUAUUAAUCUUUCUUCCACUGCUUCGGACUGAAAAGUGUUCUGGCUCUCUUAUUUAUUUAUUUAUUUAUUCAUGGUUCUCUUCUGCAUUGGAAAUUUCUAAAAAAAAAAAAAGUGGAAGAAUUUAACGUAAAGAAACCGGUCCCAUUUUAGAUUACUUUUAGAUCAUUUUCAUAAAUACAAGUAUUACAAAAUAAGGCAAUUAAACCAUUACUUUUCAGAAUACUUUGAUAAUUAUACCGCAAAGUUUAUUUUUCUCCUCCUCCAAUGCACUGUGUGCUCUGGCACUGCCUGGACUUAAAGGACCACUAUAGUCACUUAGACAACUUCAGCUCAAUGAAGUGGUCUGGGUGUCAGGUCCCCCAGGUUUUAACCCAUCAGAUGUAAACAUAGCAGUUUCAGAGAACUGCUAUGUUUACAUAGCAGGGUUAAUGCAGCCUCUGGUGGCUAUCUCCCUGGCAGCCACUAGAGGCGCUUCUGUGACGCUGGAUGCGAAAAUCGCAUUCAUCGUGCAGAACAUCCAUAGGAAAGCACUGAGUAAUGCUUUCCUAUGGGCGUUUUUAAAGCACACGUGGCUAUGGCCGCUUAUGCGCAUUCGGCUCCACUCGGGAGCUGACGGCGGGGGAGGAGAGGUCACCAGCGCCGAGGGAGCCCGGCACUGGAUAAAGUUAAGUGGCUGAACGGGUUUUAACGCCUUCAGCCCAGCAGGAGGGGGGCCACGAGGGUGGGGGGUGGGGGGACCUAAGGGUUAUAUAGUUUCAGGAAAAUGAGUUUGUUUUCCUGACAUUAUAGUUGUCCUUUUAACUUUUAGUGUGAGGUCAGUCUUUAAUAUACAUUUAAAAGAAAAUUUUAAAAUCUCAUUUAUAUAUAUAAAAAAAAAAGAGUUUAUUCAAUGAUGUAAUUUCCAGAGUGUGACGGUUUCCCUCUAACGAUCAUCCUAUUUUUGCCCCUAUGAUAAAACUAUAUGGUUUUACCACUAACAUUGCUGACUGGUGCGAAAAUAAUAAAUAGUGCAAUACGGCAAUGUGAAGCCUGCUUAGGAUGCUUUUUUCCCUCUAAAUGGUUUAUAGAGGAUUUUCUAUUUCAGAUUCUGAAGAGAGGAUGCAGUGUCAAUGAUCGUGAUGGACUGACAGACAUGACCCUCUUACAUUACACCUGCAAGUCUGGAGCCCAAGGCAUCGGUAAAAAAAUCUGUUUUAUUUAAUUUUAUUGUCCAUGUUUGCCUUUUACUGCACUGACUUCAGGAGGUGGGAGUGCUGCAAAACCAAAUCUUGGCUUCUAUUUGCACGUCUCCCCUCCUUGUAUGGUUUUGCGAGGAGUCUACAUUUUUAUUUAUUUUAUUUUUAUUAAGUAUGAUCGAUACAAUGGAUGGGCAAACCGUGGGUCAUUUCCCCCCCUAUUUGCUUUAUGGGAACAUUUCCAGAUACUGAUAAAUGUACCCAGAUCCCAUGGAGACCCUGACUUGCCUGGCGUUACCCAUUGUCCUCUGCUUCAAAGUUCAAUAUUUAUUCUCUAACCCAGGAAUUUUGGAGAACUGAACAAGGGAAAAAAAACUUUUUACCAGUGUUUUGGCCUUAAACCUUACUGCAAACAAUAUUUGGUUUAGUGUCUAAACUCCAAUAUAUGAACUAGAUGAUCACUGAAAGCCAAAAUAUAUAGUGAUGUGAAAUGGUCUGCUGUGUUAAAAUCACACUUUGUAGGAGUAAAUGUUGUAAUCGUCGGAGCAUCUGAACUGAAAGCAUAGCUGAUUCAGAGAAAAUAUAUGUUUCUCAAAACUCACAUAUUCAUGAUACAUAGGUAUUGGGUAAAUUCGACAGCGAUCUUUUCUGACUUAUUUGAAUGUAUGCAAUUUUUUUUUUAUUUUUUUUUUUUAUUUUUUUAUUUUUAUUUUUUAUUUUUUUUUACACGAGAUACAAGUUGUUCAUUGCUGAUGGUGCCAAGAAUAAACAAUCCAUUAGUCUCAUAUCUAAAAUCAAACUGGAUCGUGUGCCAAGUAUGUCCGGCUUUGCCAACCUGUAAAAUUUUAUGUGACCAAGGAAGACCGAUGUAAUCCAUGGUGCUCUGGUAGUUUGGGAAUGUGGAGAUAAUGAUGGUUCGAGUCCUGCAUUGAGAGAAGUUGAGGUUGGAGUGGGGGCACUGGUUGCUGUUAAAUAUUUGGCAAGUAAAUAUGUGGACUGGGAAAGCAACAGAAAUUUGCAUGCUUUUUAUUUAUUUUUUUGUAAAUUAUUUGGGACUUUUUUUUUUUUUUUUUUGCCGCAGGGGAUGCAGAUACUGCUGCGAAGUUUGCUUCCCGCCUGAUUGACCUUGGUGCAGACAUCAGCUUGCGAAGCCGAUGGACAAACAUGAACGCUUUGCACUAUGCUGCCUAUUUUGAUGUUCCUGAACUUGUACAUGUUCUUCUAAAGGCCGCAAAGGCAAAAGGUAAAAAGAAUUGCAUCUUUAGAGUUUUGAAAUUAUACAGGUUUGACUGGCUGUAACUCCCCUACCUGCUGUGUGAUUGAUAUACAGACAAACAGGACCCCAUCACUUUUGUCAGGGGUUCUUUACAAUUAGAAUACUUUGAAAGUUUUUAUUAGUAGUUUAUUCCUCUUUGUCAAAAUGCUUCAGAUGAGAUCGCUGCUGUCUGCAGUUUUGUAGGGGAACACGGCUUGUAAACAGAUGCUGUGAUUAGUGAUGUCUCCAGGUAUGACUGUGUACGUGAAAGUAAUGUUUUUAUGCUUUCAAUGGAAGUAGAUGACAGCAGCGGUGCCUGUAAAUGUGUGGUUUGCAAUUCAGUGCCCCGAUGCCCAGCUGUGUCUUUUUGUUUUUUUAGAAGUGGAUGCUACCUGCAGUGACUUUGAAUUUGGCACAGCUUUACAUAUUGCGGCCUCCAACCUGUGCUUGGGAGCAGUGAAGAGUUUGCUGGAACAUGGAGCCAAUCCUGCCUUCAGGGUGAGAGACCACAGGGUUGCAGCAAAUCUACGGAGAACCUUGUCCAACUUUCAGAAUGUAGAAAUAACCAUGUUCUCUGCACACAGUGCGUUGCUUCCCUGGGUGGCUGGCUGAUUGCUACACAUUUGUUAUAAAUCAGAUGCUAUGGAUAAAUUGUAAUAUGUUCCAGGAUAUUUGCAAUGCUAUGGAAAACGUUCUGCCUUAGGAACGCCUUGGGAGGUAUUUGAUAUUGCCCAUACAUUGCAAUUGUUUUUUCUUUAAUCCCUGCAAACCGUUCAUGACUGUCAUUAAAUAAAGUAUGGAAAAUGCCUACAAACAGAGCUUCAGGAAAUCUCCACAUAUUGGAACAUGCCUGGCGUGUCAUUGGACUUAAACCCACCGUUGGUGUAGCUGAUGGCAUUGUCUCUCUUUAAAAAUUAAAUGAAUCCACGUCAUUUUACCAAACACAAAGGCUGUUCGUUAGUCUCUGGCUAAUUCUAAAUAGCACACGAUGAAUGUUUAACAUUCACCACAUUUAUUAUAAAGUCAGACCAUGAAUACUUAUUUUGUGUUCUCCUGCCAUAAAUUACUUCAUUCAUUUAACUUCUUUAAUAAAAUUACAGAGCAAUCUAAUGGUUUUGGGUUAAUUAAUAUCUUUAAAAAAUAAAAUGGUGAAAUAAUAAAAACAAUCAAGCCAUACCCAUUACAGCUUAAUUUAUCGUGCACAGUCUGGCUCAUUCAUGCUUUUUCAUGGAUUAAGCACAUUGCUGUUGUGUUUGAUGUGAGCUCUACAGCUUUCAGUAAAAUGCUGUCAGCUGAACUACACACAGGCUAUGAGUCAUCCAAGGCUGAACAUAGAACUAAUCAGAGACUUUGUGUAGUGCUGGCUCCUGGCCCGUAACCGAUAAACCGUUAAAUCACAGAUUCCAUCUUAAACUCCCCUAUGGUUGGGGUGGAUUUGAUUUAAAUUAACUGGAUUUAUAUCCAUAGUGAGAGAGGUUCUCUUUGAAAUUAUGCCUUUUCAAUGUAUUCAAUUUUUAUUGAAAGAAUUCUAACUGUUCUACAUUCUACAAUAUUUAUUUUAUAAUUCAUAAUUCAGAAAUGUUCAAAAUUUUACAAAUGCAUAUAUCGAUACAGAUCGCACGCCACAUUUAGGAUAGAACUGUUCUCUGGCUCAGGAUAUCAACCCAUAAACUGUGAUAUGCAUCGUAGCGGACCAUUUGUAACCCGGCCGGUUACCUCCGCUAAUUCCUUCCCUCAGUCCCCCUGGAACCACUUACAGUAUAAAGACACCCAUCCCCCCCACCCCCCGUAACUGGAUGAGACCGCUCUGGGAGUACAACUCAACUUUGUGCCACACAUGGCUUUUAUGCAUAACCCCCUGCAAGGGUUCUUCAACACAAACAAACAGUGAUUUCCAUCCCAGGAUCCUCUGUACCUGGGAGCCAAGGCACGGGAAUAGGAACAUAGUCUCUUUGUCUCCCGAGUAUAGAAAGUGCCCAACACAUGCAAGAGGUCUUUUCACACCAAACGACAGGGAUCUUCACCCCAGGACCCUCUGUGCCUUGGAGCCAAGGCACGUAAAAAAGGUCAUAGUCCUCCAAAACAGCCUGUGCCCUGAAAGUGUCCCCACACAAGUACAUUUCCCAGACCAGUCUCCGUUCGUGAGGUUUCUGUGCGAACACCAUACAAGGGAAUCGUCUCUUUUCGGGAUACAAAUGCUCCCCUUGGUUGGCGUUCAUCUAUACGAAAUGGUGGCCACCCAGGGGGGCACUCCUUAAUUACUUUGCUUGCAGUAUCGCACUUAUGCUAUUGGUGUGAACAUUCUAAUGGGGGCCUGAGGUGAUCCCUGUUCGGGAGACGAAUGGGCUCUGUUCGUAUGACUGCUCCUGAACUGGGAAACUGAGCACAAUACAUGAAAUACAAGGGGAAACACGCAAUACAAAUGGAAACCACUCAAAUAAGCGGUGGUUCUGCCACAUGCACAUAUGUAGAUUAAUCUUUUACAACCCAUCGUUGUGUAGUUACAUCACCCUAUGCCACUGAGACCAGGCCCUUCUCAAAUUUGGACAUAAAUCCUGAAAUUUGGUGCGCCAGUUGUUUGUACAGCUUAUCUGCCAAUCUAAGUAGAACACCCGCCAUCGGAGGAGGAUCCUGAGUCCUCCAUUCGUUAGUUGUAGUGAUUCUGGAUGCUACCAGGACGCGUAUGACUUUUGUUCUUUGUGAUAGAGUAAGUGCUUCAGGCAGCAUGUAUAAAAACCUAAUUCGCUGUUAUGGUGAACACCUCAUAGCAGUCUAUAAAUCGCACUUUUUCAAUGUAAAGACUGGGUGAAGCACAUCUGCUUCUGUUGGUCACUUAUUGGUUGAAGUAGUCAGCUCUGAUUGAACUGACAUAAGCCCACACAUACAGAUUCCAAGCCUUAUAACCACUCGAAAUCACUGAAGUGGUCAUGGUGCUUGGAGUAACCCUUUAAGGAGAGGUGUUCAGUGUGUGUGUAUAGAUUUACAGAAUGAAAGUGGGAUUAAGGUCUUUCUGAGCUUUGUAUGUUUAUUUUAAAACAUUGUCGCUGUCAACAUGUAUGUCUGCAGACACAAGUUCAAUUAACUUGAAUCAAUGGAAUUUCUUUACAAAAAACUAUUGUAUUAUGUAGAGCCUUGUGCUACAAAACGAAUCACAAUUUCAUGCAUUCGAUUAUUUUAAUUUUUUCCCCCUUCCUCCAAAAGCAUUGUAUUCGAUAUAAAUUUUAAAAAAAUCAACUUUUUAAAUCAAACAAACCCCUCCACCCCCCAAUUUUUUAUAAUUGAUUUUUAUCCUUCCUAGUUAAAACGCUCCACCUGCCAGCUGAGAGCAACUCCGAUGAAUCUCUGCCUGUCAAUUGCUGUGUGUGUUUUGCUGUUUAAAGGUUAAUGUGAGUUCUAGUCUGCUGACUGCUUCGGGUCUGGUAUUGGGUAUAAACCUUAGAUUGCUAGGGGUAGUCGAGCUUCGUUAAAUUGCUGUGAAUUACUGGAUCUCAUACAAGAGCAGUAAGUUUAUCCAUUAACCACAUUAUUCCCACCUGCAGAGAUGAUUUAACCCACCGCAGUCUGCUUUGAUAUUCUGCGUGCAUAUAGUUCACUCCUUUGAGUAUCAGGAUACAUGCAUUUCUUAAAGUGUGUGUGUGUGUGUGUGUGUGUGUGUUCAUUUACUCUAGCUGGGAACCUUAUUUUAAUACCGGUGAGAAUACAUGAUUAGAUGUAUAAGCUUCACCUAUUGAGGCGUGUGUGGGUACCGGAACAGGAAACCUCAUCAACAGGAAAUCUACAUUCAGCUGCCUUCCAUGUACAUUUUAUUAUGCUAGCAAUGCAGACGUGGCCUUGUUAUCUUAACCUGAUGCUAAUGACAGUGGGCUAACGUUAGCAAGUUUUAAAACUGGUAUAAUCACCAAUGUAAUGCACUUGCUGGGUACCAUGGUGAUUGCUGUACUUUUAGUAUUUUGCACCAUUUUCUGUUAAUGACACUUUGAUAAAUCUGUCCCAGUGUGUCUGGAUUGCACCCUCCCCCCCUCGGCAGGAAAUAUUAAGUGCUCCUUUAUACUAGUCUAAAAUGGAUAUUAACCCUGUGAGUACCAUGGCUGCAGACAUAACCCAAUUCUCACAUGAGCUGUAUGUGAAUGGAUCCUUUUCUUGUUUGAUUGUGGAGUAGUUUUGUGUAAGUAGUUUGUGUAGAUGACUCAAAUGUUGUUCAUGUAAUCAGCUUGGUAACCAAUUCUUCAUUUGGAAUAUUAGCACAGCGUCCUAUUUCUUUAAUAUACGAAACAUGGACAUAAAGUUAGACUCCCUCCAGUAUCAAUGCAAAGCUUAAAAUAUCAGGUCCUACUCUAGAGGACAGGCCUUAAAAAUUAUACUCCACUGCAAUCCUGGGGGGUCCAUGGCACCCUUCUACAUGCCAUUGUCUAGUGGUGAAUAGAAAUUUUGAGCCCUGAUCAAUUGGGACUAUUACUUCGUGGAAAGCAAAAGCACUUCUGUAAACAUUGUAAAUCAUUACUUGCAGCCUUACUGUUCCUACCAAUGGGAACCCGUAAUUGAGCCCUGAUCCGUCUGUUAGUAACCCUUUUGGUAAUUUCUCUUUCACACCGAUGCCUCCCAGCUUGGCUGUUCCUGAUGUAGUCCUCUAACCCUCGUUUGUUCCCUGCAGGAUGACAGAGGACGUAUCCCGGCUGAUGUUGUUCCUGAUCCGGUUGACAUGCCAUUGGAGAUGGCUGAUGCAGCCGCUGUUGCGAAGGAAAUGAAACAGAUCCUAUUGGAUGCCAUGCCGCUGUCAUGUGAAUUCACCAGCUCUCCCCUUCGUAACUAUGACAAUGUGUCUGGCAGUGGCAUGCUCCUGUCGGCUGGUCUGAAGCUGGGGGACCGGGUAUUGAUAGCCGGGCAGAAGGUAUUGAAAGCUGUGUUGUUUUAUAUAAAUACAUAUAUGUAUGUGUGUUUAUGGAAAUUUAGUUCUAGGAGCUAACAGCAGGCAGAAAGAUUGCAACUCGUAGACCAGAAUCAGUGCCAUGCUGAUGAGACCCGGAGGGUUCUAACUGUGCAGCUGUCGUGUUACAGGUCUUUCUGACCAAAUACGUGAGAAGCAGCACUGGCAGACUCUUCAAGUCCAGUCCAAGCUGAUCAUAGUGUAACUGGACUAAGAGUGGAGACCUAUAUCGGUGCAGUCAUUCUCAAACCACUUAACGAGUUACUCCUUCCUCUUACAGUUCAUAUCCGUGCUGCUUUGAUGAUCGCUGCACUACACCGUCACUGCAUUGGUUUUGGGCAGCUAGUUUGUCGUUUACGAGAUGUUUUUAUACCUUAUAUUGAUACUCCUGUAUUUUACCCAAUAAAGCCGUUCGGGUUUUCCACUUCAGUUUGUUUUUUGACGGGUACAGAGUGCAGCGGUAAUCCAGUGUGUGGCUAAAGAUUUGGAUUAGAAAUUUAUCACUUCUAAUUUCUUAGUUAAUAAAGUACCUCUGCCUGUAUUGAGUCGGAAAGGAAACCCAAACCAGACUCCAGGUCUAAGAAAUGUAUUUUACCCAAGGACUGGAUGACCGCUCAUUCGGUUUCCGAACAUACCUAUAUUACAGCAGCGUUAUUACUUCUCUCUAUAUAAAUAGAUGUGUCAAGGCAUAAAUAAAAUGUGUCCUAACAUUUGAUCUGUUAUUUUAUUUUAGGUCUAAUUCUCAGCAAUUAGAGCUGUGAAUGUUGUUAGCGGUAACAUGCUCAUUGUCAGCGGUUAAAUGUCGCAGCGGUAACUGGCUGCAAGCUCGUUAUAUAAAUCAGGCUCUUCUGCCUUCAUAGUCAUGAAAUCUUGAAAGAUCUGUCUUGACAAAGGUGGAAUGUGUCCAGAAAACGGAGUGUAAUUAGCAGCAUGUCCUAGUAGUGUGGCCGUUAGCUCACCCAGCCCGUAUGGCCAGUCAUUGUAAGGGCUGGAUUUGGCAAGGAAGCCGCAGAGUUAUGUCUGUACAAACAAACAAUGAUUGCCGUUUGCAUGUAAUUACAGCUCUAACAGUUACCUAUAACAUUUGGUUAAAUAAUUUUUCCGCCGAGCAAGGGCCAGUAAUCCUCAGCAAAGUUCUUUAUUUCAUAAAAUCUGCUGCAGUAAAAAUAUAAUGGAAAGCGCAUGUACAAGUCAGGUUUUCUAAAUGCAUGUUUCUUUUUAAUGUCCUGGAAUAAAAAGAUUGUCGUUCCAGGAAGUUGUGUGCGCGCGGUUGGUUAUCAGUCUGUAUAAAUUACAUGGAGGAGGGAGGGGGCAGGGAAAGCAUGUUUGUUUUUUUGUUUUUUUUAAAGGUACAUUUUUUUUUUUAAAAGAAAGCUCUGUCUGCUGACUGUUUCCAUUAACGUGAAUAUUAUUCCUUUUGUGUGGUAGCAGGAAACUCUCUAUAGAAUAAUCUCACACAGCAGACGUAAAUCCUCUACUACCGUUUGUUGAAACGAUAUGUUAUAAUAUUUACCCUUUUGAUAAACUCUGCCUUAAAUGUAACAAUGUCCCACAUGAUUUAUCUAUGUGUUCUCCAUCAGUAUACUGACUGCAUGUUUAUAUCAUGUACCUCAAAAUUAAAGGGGCAGUCUACACACUCUAACCACUAAGGUGUUUGAGAACCAAUGCACAUUAUCAAUGACUAUUUUGUCUGCCAGUUCCACAGCUUUCUCAACCAAUCAUUGCUGUCCAGAUUAGACUGAAUUGUUAAGUGGAAAUUAAGUUGUUAUGGUACCAGGAGGUCUCCGGCUUAUUAUUGGUAAUAUCCGUAUUGGCGUUUAUAUAAUCUAUAAAUGGCCAACAAAUUCCAUUGCGCUUCUCAAUAUAGAAUGUAUAAAUCCCUUAACUCAAUGGGUUAAACUGUUAAUGAACCCCAAAGUCUUGAAUUUGGAGCCCGAUCACUCUGCCCAGCUAUUUCCGCUGCAGUCCUACCCUAAAUUCGGGAAGUCUUUAAAUGGACGCUGCUGAUAGGAUGAGAGAAUACAUUGCUCCCAGUUCAUGAACUGCUUCAGAAACGUGUGCAUUGUUCUUGCGUUUUGUGAAUAGAGAGCCAAUAAUAGGCUGAGAGAAUUUGCGGUAGACCUCAACCUAUCAGCAGCUCCCUUCCUGAUUAAAAGGGACAAUCCGUUUUCCUGGCACUGCAGGUCCCCUCUCCGUCCCACCACCCAACCCCGGUUGCUGAAGGAGUGAAAACCCCUUCAGUGACUUACCUGAGACCCCCGCUGAUGUCCCUUGGCGGUGGUUUCGGGUCACCUUACGUCAGCUGGCGGGGGAGACUGAUCUCGCCCACCGGCUGAGGAGACCUAAUGCGCAUGCGCGGCAAUGCCACGCAUGCGCGUUUGAGCUCUCCAUAGGAAAGCAUAGAAAAUGGGAAUUAACCGACGCUGGAGGUUCUCACACAGUGCGAGGACGUCCAGCGAUGCUCUAGCACAGAAAACCUGUGCUAUGAAGCAGAAAGUGCCACUAGACAGCCACUAGAGGAGGAGUUAACCCUGCAAGGUAAUUAUUGCAGUUUAUGAAAACUGCAAUAAUUACAGUUGCAGGGUUAAGAGUAGUGCGAGUUGGCACCCAGACCACUCCAAUGGGCAGAAGUGGCCUGGGUGCCUGGAGUGUCCCUUUAAGCCUCAGACUACAGUGGUAAUAGAUGGAAAUGGUGAUUGAAUGCCGGAUUGAAGACUUUAUGGUCAAACCAUUCAUUGUAAUUUAACCCCUUGAGGAAAGCUCGUUUAUAUUGUCUGGACCUCCUUGCAUUAUCUCUCCAUUACGGGUCCUCCUUGCCAGGAAGAUGGUUUAUAUUAAACUGUUCUUAAAUAUUUGUUAAUCUGGGGAACGUUGUCUCGGUAUUCUAGGCAACAUGACCAUACAGUUAGCUACAGUGAUUAAGGUGUUUAAUGUAUAAUUGGGGUGAAGAAAAUGUAAAAAUCUGUUCGUUUGUUUGUUUGUUUUUUUCCAACCAGAGAUAAUUCAGUAGAGUGGAUGUGACUUCUAAACUGAGAUUUAAAAAGAAAAAAAAAAACUUGAUCAAAAAUUAUCUCAAACACUGAUAGCAGCUUUUAACAUUUAUAUAGAUAUCUAAAGUAUGCAAAUAUUUCAAUAAUUCUGCUCUCUGUUCUAAUUUUCUGUUGUAAAAGGAGUAUGUAUGUUGCCUGCCAUUCCUCUGCUCUGGAACACAGCGCAAACUCCCUGACUCACAGUGUUUAUUCACUAAACGGAGAACUGCAGUAAAGUGAAAGUCGUUUACAGUUACCAAAUAGCAGAGUUCAUUCUACUAAGUCUUUUAGUUCCUUACUUCUAAGUUUCCCUGGCUGCCUUAGGUUAUUUCGAGUUCUAUUCCCAAGUAACAGCAGUGAUUUGCUGCCGUCUUUCCCCCCGUGAUGAUAUGUUAUGAAACUUGCUGGGGAGCGAGAGGCACAUCUGUUAAUGCACCAAACACCAUAUUGUAUUGAAUCAAAAACCGAAUUGCAAGAAAAGAGGAUCUGGAAAAACAAAUCAGCCUAUUUUUCCUUUCCUCCUGUCUAUUUUUUUUUUAUUUUUUUUAUAUAAAUCCUGAGAAACUAAAAACAUGCCAUAACACUAUCCACAACGUAUGUGCUUUGGCAACAUAUAUUUCUGCCUAGUAAUGCCAAGGAAGUUGAUUUGACUUUGCUGAAUAAUUUGUGUGUGUGCGUGUCUGUGUCUGUGUGUUGCUGUUGCCAAAUCAUUGUUUGUAGAAAAAAUAAAAUCAAGUAAAAUCAAUGGUUUUUACAUUAAGAACAUGGGGUUAUUAUUAUUAUUAUUAUUAUUAGAGAAUUUGUAACAAUAAAUAAAAAUUAUUAAUAAUAUAUCUAUUGCCAAAUUAACCCUUUCUUUAAAUGAGAAAUAUAAAAAAUGUAUGAAAACUCCAUCCCUUGUAUUCUGAAUAUAUGGGAUAAUGAUCCUUUACGUAGCAGUCACCUGGAUCGAAUGCUAAAUAUUAAUUUCCUAAGCCACCGAUGAGCAUCAAAGGAAUGUGCUUUCUGCAUGACAGAGUUUUUAAAAUAUUUGUAGCUCUUUAAUGUAACACUAGAGGGAGGCAGUGAGCUUAUAUUUGAAGAUCGAUAGCUAUAGCUAUAUACCUGUAGAUAUGUGUUUGAAUAAUCCACAAGAAUGAUCACUCGUAAGUUUUUUUGCAAAUAGAAAAGAAUACAAUUUAUGUUAAAUUACCUAAAGAUCUGACUUUUUUUUUUUUUUAUCUGAUCUUUAUGUAAUUUUGUGUUUUAAAAAUAUAUUUUCUUUUGGCAAAGGCCUUAAAUUGCACCAUAUUUUUGUAUAAAGCGACAGCCGCCAAGGCUGUAAGCAAGGCGUGUGUGCGUAUCUCAUCCUCCAGGUAGUAUGUUUGUGUAUUACUGUUGGUUUUCGUGCAGGUCUCAUGCAUGUACCUAUUUUCAGGUGGGCACUCUGAGAUUUUGUGGACCGACACAGUUUGCGUCAGGCCAGUGGGCUGGCAUAGAGAUGGACGAAGCUGAGGGGAAAAACGAUGGCAGCGUUGGGGGAAUACAGUACUUUAAAUGCCCACCUAAACAUGGUAUGGACUUCUGGGGCUCCAUCUAUUACAGUUUAGGAUUUAUUAGGGAGCUUAUUUGUAGAAGCUAAUGGUUGUUGGCACCUUAAUUCCACAAAAACAGAUUUAGUUGUUGUUGUUUUUUUUUUUUUUUCCUAUUUAAUUUUAUUUAUUUUCUUUGUGUGGUAUUCUCUGCCAGAGAAAACAUUACCUAUAUUCAAAGACGCCACAAUGUGGCACAAUUUACCUGAAAAUAUUGAGAAAAUAGCAUAGAUCCAGAUGGGCUAAACCUGCAGGUAUCUCCUCCUGUCAGUGAUUAUUGUGGGGUUGGUUUGCACGCCCUCACAUACUCCGUAUAUUUCCCUACAUUAGCAAUUUUAAUCUUGAGUAGAUGGAAAAGGCCGACUUUGCAGACAUUUCACCCCUCUCUGUCAGCUUAGUAACUUUACUGAAUGGUUUCCUUUGUUUAAGGUAUUUUUGCACCAGUCUCCAAAAUAAGCAAAGCGCUUGAAUCCAUGAAGACCUUUAUCAAAAGUUCUUCAAACCGGGCGGCCGUAUCUCUCAAAACACAGAAAAUUGACCUGAGCCGCGUAACUUCAAAAAUUAAUACCGGUAAGCUGCUUAGCGUUCACAUGCUCUUUCACAUUUGAAAAUCUUUGUCUGUGUUGCCAGAAAAAAUGAAGUAUGCCAACACUUCAUGAUGAGUAAUGUUGUAAAACCAGAACAUCUCUUGAUGUAAGAUGGAAAGGCCCGGAGCAGAACAGGCCCCAAGUACCAACUUUAGAAUGUUCCCCAGUGCUUAAUUCUGCAACAUUGUAUAAUCUAUGACAGGACAAAGAAAACCUAACCUACACGUUUUAUAGCCCAAAAUAAAUCAAAUGUACUCUAUAAUAUAUGAAGAGUAAGAUUAAUUCAUACUUUAGUGCCCACCAACGUCUGAAAACGAAGGCCUGAAAGAAACGUGGUGCCAAUACUUUAAUUACCCCGUUAAUGAAAUUGUAUCUUCAGAACAUUUGGCAUUCUGUACCCAACACUCUCUCUGUGUAAAGGUGCCUUCCAUUUUGCAAUUUAUAAUUUUUUUUCAAUGUAUAUGUUAAGUUUCGGCUUUUAGGUAUUUGGUAAUGGUUGUUGAUGGGUUUUAAAGGAGAGGGAUACGGGGUGGAAAAAGCAGGUGCAGAACGCACAUCAAUUUAAUAUUUAUCUUAUUUUCUAUUAAUAUUUAUCUUAAUUUCUUCCAUUUACAGGAUUGGUUUCAUCCAAGAGGAAUGGAGCAAGUGAGUCUUUCUCGGGCGCUGAUGAAGCUGCAAAACCAGCAAAGAAAGGUAAUGCUUGGGGAAGCAAGUCCCAGGAAGGUGCUUUUUAUGUAUUAAGGCGCUCAGCUGGGAAGGUUUACCAGUAUAUUUUCAUGAACUCGUUAACAGUAGUGAUGUAUAGGAAUGCUUUAUGGCUGCUGCAAUCAGGGACAAGUGCUCGUAACAGCUGCUGUGCCACCAAGUUGUAGUGGGUUGGGAGAGCAUUUUGGGCCUGUUUUACCUGCCACUGUGCAAUAUAAUGACACUUUAUUAAAUAAUAAAUAAAUAAACUAAUAUGUUAUGGUUUUGUGACAUUAAAAUGAACACAGAGCACUUUAUUCACUAAACCUUGAAUUUUAGUUUGUCUAAAAUGUACUAUUCUUAAUUCUUCACAACAAUGUCAGUGUAUUAAUAAAUGACUUUUUAGCUAGGAUUGCAUUUAAUGUAUACAUUUCCUAGCACAAUGUAUAGGUAAAAUUUUACGGCUGUGGGUGACCGGUCCCGUAUUAUUCAAUGUAUUCCUGAAGUGUGUGUACGUACGUGUUUGUCGCUUUCUAUGUUCUCGGCUGGAGCCGUGUCCCACUCCCUGUUUCAGCUUUCUACAUUGGAUCCAGCAGUUUCUCCUCGUCUUCUUCCUCCAACUCCUCUUAUUCACUAGAAACUAAGCCGCCACUUCCCAGCAGGCAUCCUCGCCGUCAGGACGCCGCUAAGUGUAACAUAAACACGUCGAUUAGGUCCAAGUCCUCUUCAGUGAAAUCUGUUAAUGGUAGGGGUCAGAAUGCCACUUUCACCUCCAUUGAAUGGUCACCCCCUGUUGCAGGGUUUGUCUUGUGGUCACUUUUUAGUGAAAGUUAUGGUGUCUUGUGUUUUCUUGUUAUAACAUUGUAAUAAGUGGAAAAGCACACUAAACCAGUGUCAAACCUACAUGUGGUCAACCAUGUGACAUUCACCUGGGAUUAUUUCAUGUGCGUUAUGAGAUUAUUCAAUCAGAAGGGCUGCGCUCGCUGGAACAUGCAUACUGGUACCUUUUGAUAUAGCAUGGAGAAUUCAGAACACUCGCUCAACUUUACACAAAGCUCACAGAAUUUAAUGUUUUUUUAAAGCACCUGACUUUUAUUAAAAAAUAAUAAUGGGAAUUUAGUUAUACCUUGCAUAAGCCUGCCACAAAGCCAAUGUAACCCCAUUUUUGGCAGGUUCUAUUCUAGCAAUCGAAUGCCUGCUAAAUUAAUCCACUUGGGAUUUAUUUUUAUAAUCUAUUGGCAAGUGAAGAUUCACACCUGGUGAGCUUACUAUGACUUCCAGUAACUGUUAAAGCUUAUAUUAAAUUUACAUGUGUAAAGAUGUGCUUUUUUAAGAAACAAAAACAUGACACUUUUUUUUUUUGUUUAUUGUUCCAAUAUUAGAAAAGAAUUGAUGGGACCUAACUUGCAUAUAUGUAGAUUUAAAAAAAAAACCAAAAACCAAGAUUAUAAAUAUAAAACCGAAUGGACACGUUUUAUAAUACAAUUUUAUUGUAAUUCCAUUUUGGUAUAAUUUGGCCUCAUUGUUGGUCUUCCUUUGGUGGGAAAUGCAUGAAAAUCAAAAGUAGUCAAUCUCAAAAAUCCAGUUCUCAGUGACCUCACGGCUGACACCCUUAACAAGUAAAGGAUUUAAAACUGGACACUGUUUUACAGCUUUUACACUUUGUUAUAACUGCUUAAAAUGGAAUGGAAUUUACAGCAGCUAAGCUGGAGAAAUAAAAUGGGAACCGAUUUCUUGUACUUUUUUUUUUGGCUGUUUUUAUUGAUGAAACUAUGAUAGUCCUUUUACGAUAUUCUAAAAAGUAUCGUAUCCUGCGUAGCUGCUUUAAAUAUUUGUGUUUGUCACGUUUAUGUGUAAGCUGUCGUGUCUUGUUUAGUGCCACGGUGUCCAUUCAGGGUAGCAAUCCGUCCUUCUACCUGCACUGACCUGCUGCCUUGUGCCUCAUUUUUCAGGUGUCCAGAACCGUUCUGUGUCCGUGGCAGGACAAGACCAAGCCGAGUUCCAGGCCGGUGACCGUGUUUUGGUGGUGGGGCGGAGAUCUGGCACAGUGAGGUUUUAUGGGAAGACCAGCUUUGCUCCAGGUGCUGUCGGAUGUAUUUAAUAAUUCUGCAUUUCUAGUUAUUAAACACACAUGUAAACCGACUGCACUAUCUAUUGGACAUACACUUUGAUAGCAUAUUGGAAAAUGAGGGACAUGUUGUGUGUCUGAACAACAAGCAAGACUCCUCCCUCCCAUAAUUUCUUGACAUUUAAUAAUGCGCAGAUAUGAUGCUAAAACAGGCUGGCACAAAAACUGUUAUGCUGUAGCGAUCUUUUAAAAAAAAAAAAAAAACAACAAAAAAAAACACGAUGCACUUUUGUGACCUUUUUAACAAGAAAUGGCUUUUUUAGGAGUUGAAUUAAAAGAUUCUCUUGAGUAGCUGAUCCUUUUUAAAGGCUUGGGAUUUAAUUUAUGACUAUUAUAAAAAUAAAUAUUUCAAGGUCACGGCGUGUGCUAAAAGCCCACAUCAUUUUGGCUACGGCAGAGCUUUAACCGCACAUCUUAAGCACAGACUACAUUAACUGUAAGUGUUUGUUUUUUCCCUUUGUACACAUCCUUUUACCGAUAGUAAAUAUUGUCUGAAAGUCCCAUCACUUAACACGUUUUCUUAAAGCAGGCAGUGCAUUCUUACUAGAAUUCUGUAUUGAUUGGUGUUGUAUGCAACGUGUUAAUCCAUUCUAUUUAUUUCUUUUUCUUUUUUCAUUGUUGUUGUUUUAGGUGAAAUGUUUUGUUAACAGUUUAAAGGGGCACUCCAAGUUGCAAUUUGAACUUUCCUUUUUUUUAAUUUUUUUUUUUAUGAUCAUUUACUUUAUGUAUUUAAAACACAAAUCUGCUUCAUCGGCAUGACAAAUUAAAAGCUGAGUUACAUUUGAUGAUGUUGUCAUUAGCACAGCACAAACUGGGUAGUGAUCAACCAAUCAGGAUGCUCGAAUACUUUUUCUAUGAGACUUUUUAAUGUGCUGACCUUAUCCCAUAGAUCUCUGCUUUAUGGGCACAAUAGAGAAUUUAUGAAGCUGUAUUUAACUUAUUAGGUUUUUAACUACGAAACGAUUCUGUUGUACUUUGUAGCAACUAAAUGACUAUUCGCCAAACUCCAAAUUAGCCGUCGUUGCACAAUUUUGGCCAAAUACUAAAUGCAUACUAUUUGGGCAACUGUCCUGUAAUAUGGAUAUAUAAGAGUUUCCUCUCAUGUUGAUUAAAGGAACACUCUAAAUAUAAAAAGUAUAUUAUUACCUAUAUAAGGUAGCAGACUCUCUCAACUAAAAACUAGUUUCAAAGCCUUCAAAUUGUACAUUUAAAAAUAAAAUUAAAAAAUGUAAUCUAAAAUCCCUUGAUUAGCAAAAAUCAUGGGAAGUUAGUUUCUCAUGAUCGCACUUAGGAGAUUAACCAAUUUACUGGGGCAUCUGUCCUCCUUGGGCUCUCCGCAGUGUAAGGUUAAAUAGAGUCCUGGAUUAAGGAACCAAUGUUUACAUAUAAUGUAGUGUGUGCAUAGAUAACUAGGCCCCCGUUUUGAUGUUGAAUGGGAUAAAAAAAAAAAAAAUGUAAACUCCUCUUCAUUCCAGCUCCAGCAGUUUCUUCUUGCUGAGCUUUCUCCUUUGAUGUCAUCAAUACUGAUGACCAGAGCCAGAUUAACAUAGGGUCUGAUGGAGCUGCAGCUCCAGGCCCAUGUCUAUGGAAUAGAAAUGAAAAGGGAUGUAGAGAACAAAACUGGUGUGGACUGGCUGACAAUGAAAUUAGUUAAGGUAAAGCUGACUUUGCACACUAUGCAAAUGCUCUUGCUGCUUCAGUCUCUCUAACUCUGUGUCGUGUUCCUUUUCUUCUACACUCACUACAUACACGUUUUCUCUGUCCCACUUGUUGCCUGCUAGUAAGAAGGUUAGGAGAGGAGUGGACCAGCGAGUGCUAGGCCUUAGAAAGCGUAGAGCUAGCGCAUCAUUAAAUGCAAUUAUGCCAAGCUCAGGGUGCUGUCUGCACAGUAUGCUCUUGGUUGGUCAUCCUGCAUGAUUGGCAGGCAGCCUGACGUGCAUUCACGCCAUACUGACCAUCUAAUUCUGCGUGCAGACACGCCCUCUUUUUGAGCAUGUUUGCCCCUUUGGGCGGUACUGGUUACGUGAUUCACGUCAGUGGCCCACCCUUUUACCCCACCCACUGACAUCCUGCUUCACCAGACACUGCUGUUAGAGGGUAUGGAUUUACUUGAAAUUACGAUGAAAGCGAGAGAUUAGCAUAGGGCAUGUGUUUUCUAUAGAUAUAUCCUGUGCGUUUCCCUUCAGCACCACCUCCGCCAGAUACAGGACACUUGGGAGGUAUGAUUGCUUUAGUGUUUUCUGUUGAUAAGAUUCUGUAAUUAGGCCCAUCAUAAUUGUCAGCACAAGGCCCAAUGGGCUCUUAAGCCAGCCCUGCUAAUGACGUGUGCAAUCCAAGAAAUGCGCAGCGAUUGCCGCGGUCUGGCAACAGUGUUUGUAAUAAAGAAGCAUUGAAACCAAUACUUCUCUUAUUUAAGCACUUAAAUCCACUUUAAAUUACAGUUUGGAGUAAGGGAGGAAGUCUCCUGGCAAUCUGCUCACCACCUGAGAAGUCAUACUAAGGGAAUUAAUAACAGUGCUGAUUUUCACGAGAAAUAUAGGUGUAUGUAUAAAAUAAUGCCGCAAGAAUACUCCGUUAAUCACUUCAGCAAGAUUAACUAUCGUAGGGGACUGUAGUGUCCCUUUAAAGAAGAGACCGAUUUCUAUGAGAAUUGUAGAUGUUUGGCUAUUUACAGCCUCGGAAUUCUAAUGUGGGAUGCCAUGGAUCACUUGGAAGGGGGACAGUGUAUCUGUAUGCUUUACCAUGAUGCCAAAGGCAUAUUGACUUAUCUUCCAAUUUCUCUUCUGUGUAAAUCGAGCAGUGGUAUGCUCCCCAUGACUGUGAUCAUUCUGUAAUCUUACAAGUGACAAGUAACUGGCUAGAAUGAAUGAAUUAAUAGGAGCAGUACAUGGAAUAAACACUGUGUGAGAUUGUAAAAUGUCCCCUCCCCAUGCAGGUUUCUGGUGUGGCAUUGAGUUGGACAAGCCUCAUGGAAAGAAUGAUGGAACUGUUGCAGGCAUUGAGUACUUUUUAUGUCCUCCAAAGCAUGGAGUGUUUGCACCGCCAUCUAGAGUUCAAAGGUGAGUAUGACUGAAAUCAAAGGAUGUUUGGUUAAAAAUGGAGCUUAAAUGGACAGUCAGGGCACCAAUAAAACUAAUGCAUUUGAUACAUUUUAUCCUCAUUAAAGGGUUACUCCAACCAUCAUGAUCACUUCACUGACUCUGCUCGAAACACUGCAGACACUGAAAUAUUUGUAAUUGUGUGCUGCGACUAGUUGCACCCCUAGAACACAUGAUAUUGGCAGCCCAGAACUGUGAAUGUAAAUUGUGUGCAUAAAUACGUCUGUCGUCAGUGCGCACUGCAUGCUGCCGGCAGAGCGCUUGCAAGGGGAAGAUUGCUACUCUAUCCCACCCACAUUGUGCACCCUUUGUUGUACUUUAUUUUAUUUUUAUUACCCCCUCAGUUGUAUCCAAUCCCUCUCUGGCCUGGAGCGCAUGCAUGGGCUCUGUGCCUCCGAAGCAGACCAGUCACAGGCUUUUCUAUGAACAGCCUGUGAUUGGACCACAGGCGCACCGUGGGAUGUCAGAGGGGGCGGAAAAUCAGUGCCGGGAGCUUCGCCUGGUGCUGGAUUCUAGUAAGUGCAAUGCUCUAUUUUGCAGGUUAAACUGCGAAUUAAGGGAUGGGAAAAGACCCACGCUCAGGAUGGUUAGAGUAACUCUGUAUCUCUUUAAAUGCUCAAAUCUUUCCAGUUUAUGCACAAAAUAAAUGUUUUGCAGAAUGCUGCACCUUAAGUCUGCCUCCUUAGCCACGCCCCCUCAUGCCGGAAAGACUUCCUUAUCAGUGAAAGGGUUAAUGUUGUAAUGGACUCUAAUCCCCUCGGUUCUCGAUCCCUCGGUCACCAUAAUCAACGUUGAUGGAGAAUCAUUUGUAAGCAAUAACACACGGACAACAGCUUUACAAGACUCUCAAAUGAGUGUAUUCCAGAGCUGGCUUUUAUACAUAGUUUGCUUACAUUAGCCAUGGUAUAUGCAAAUACAGUACAGACUAUAAGAUUUAUUACUUCCUUAUAUUACGUUAUUCUGACAAUGGAAAGAUAAGCUUUUGCAUACGUCUGGGAAAGAAUAUCCUUAAAAUCGGAAUGGGCAAGACAUCCUGAAAUUUAGCAUUGUCUUACAUCCUAUAGAAGAAAUACCUUAGUCUGUCACAGUCAGCAUAUUAUGUCGUACAUUGACUUUAAGUAUUCAAUAUCCCUUCAGUCAGCAAUAAUCAUGUUAUAAACCUUAUAAAAGCAUAAAAUACAUAUAAACAAGUUAACUAUUUAAUAUUCUUACAAUCAGCACAGUCUCUGCCCUAACAGGGGUGUGUGAGCUUUGCGGCCGCACAGGGCGCCAGGGAGCAGGGGGCGCCAUGUUACCGACACAGCUCACACAUGGCCGGCUCCCAGGAGUGCAGGGUGAGCUAAAGCAAGUACGGGUGGAGGAUUCAUUAUUUUCCAGCCGGGACUAUGAAAGUAAAGAGCAAGGCAGUGGGGGCGAGGCUUACCGAGUGGCAGGGGUGUGGCUUACAGAGUGGAGGAGUCGGGACUAAAAUGGCAGCGGGGCGGAGCCUAAGUCUCCCAGAAGCUUCUGAUAAUUGCUGCACAGGAAGGGGGAAACAAGAAAAAGUCACUGCUUCCCCAUAACUAGGCUACAGGAGCUACACUGCCUCCAUUCCUCACUUCCAGUCAUCAUGGAAAGAGGUAAGUGAGUGUAUAUGUGACUGUACUCUGUGCGUGACUGUCUGCCUGUGUGUGUGUGUGUGUGUAUGCGUGACUGUCUGCCUGUUUGUGUGUGUGUGUGACUGUCUGCCUGUGUGUGUGUGUGUAUGUGUGACUGUCUGCCUGUUUGUGUGUGUGUGUGACUGUAACUGAGUGUGUGUGCCUGUCUGCCUGUAACUGUUAGUGUAUGUGUGUGACUGUCUGUAACUGAGUGUGUGACCAUCUACCUAUAACUUUGUGUGUGAUUGUCUGCUUGUAACUGUGCAUGUGUGACUGUCUGCCCGGAACUAUUCGUGUGUGCCUGUGUGACCAUCUGCCUAUAACUGUGUGUGUGACUGUCUGCUUCUAACUGUGCAUGUGUGACUGUCUGCCUGUAACUGUUAGUGUAUGUGUGUGACUGUCUGUAACUGAGUGUGUGUCUGUGUGACCAUCUGCCUAUAACUGUGUGUGUGACUGUCUGCUUCUAACUGUGCAUGUGUGACUGUCUGCCUGUAACUGUUCGUGUAUGUGUGUGACUGUCUGUAACAGAGUGUGUGACCAUCUGCCUAUAACUGUGUGUAACUGUGUGUCACAGUAUUAUGUGACCUACUUAGUCUGCUUGUCUGUAAUGCAGGGGAGGCAGUCUGGCACCAAUGGCUUGCACUUCUGCUGGCUGCUGUCUUCCGAGCUCUGGCCAGUCAGAGCAUUGCUGUGGAUUACCAGAGGAAAACCUCGACACAGGGUGCCUAGUUGCUUAAGGCCGGCCCUGCCAACAGGACUGAGUUAAUUGACAUUCUGGCUACAAACCGUUAGUUAUAUCCUCACUACAUGCUUCCCUGCGUGUCCUCUCUUUCUAAUGCAGGUUGUUUUUUUCAGAUCAAUCCGCACUGUCAGUGGCUGAGCUGUGUACAUACAUUUGAUAAGGAAGUAUUUUUUUGGAGUGAUGGGGGUGUGGCUAAAGAGGCAGGUUUUUGGUGCAGCAUUCUGCAAAUCAUUUAUUGUAAUUUUAUGCAAAAACUAUAAAGAUUUGAGGAUGCAAAAAAAAAAAAAAAAAAUUCAGCAUAUUAAAGAGGCCGAAACCUGUCAAAUGCAAUAAAGUAGUAUUGGUGCCCAGAGUGUCCCUUUAAAUGCUGGAUUUAUUGGAUAUUAAGUAUGGUUAUUUCAUUCACAAGCUUGAAUCCAACUGUGUAACAUAACACCGGCCUUUCUGUAUUCAGCUUUAUCCCAAAAGAAUAUUCUGUGUGUUAUUUGUCAUCAUUUGAAAACCCUGACAUAGUCACUGGUUUAUUUUUUAUUUUAGAUGUAAAUAUUGCUUACCCCCAGAUAAUAAAUACAUAUUAACGUUUAGUUUAUGUUUGUGUUAAUGCGUGUGCAUCAUUUUAUGGGAACAAUUUUCCAGACCCUUAUCUUUAAGAAUGAAUUGAAAUAAUAAUGCUAUACAUAUCAUAAUGUAUAUGAUAGAACAGGGGUAGGCAACCUACGGCACUAGUGCCAUGUACAGCACUCGAGGUGUCUUUGCACGGCACUCAAGGUUGCUAGAGCCAAACAGACUCUGUCCUAUCAGGAGUCCCAGUAAAACUUCAGAUAUCUGCGAAUACGAAGAGGUGGUGAAGGACAAUCCUCAAUUUAUGCAUUGCAGCACGUAGAGGAAGUGAUCUCAGAACACUUCAUUCCCGCACUUGUGAUUGGGAAUCCACACAGUAGUAGAGCAGCUCGCAGUUGUUGUUGCAGCUCUGGUCCUUGACCUGUACCUGGCCAGCCUGGUCCCCACUGGAACCCAGGGAAGCCACCCACACUGCUAGAUAUACACAGAAAUGCAGAAAGACCCUCCCCUCAUACAAAUAAUAUGGACAGCCCACACACAAACAUAUACACAAUCCGCACAAACAUACACACAAUCCGCACAAACGCAACACCACUAACAAUCCACAUACAUGCACACAACCCCGCAUGCAGCCUCUCACAUGCAAUACCCCAAACAGCCCCCACACAUACACACACUACUAAACACACAAUGUGACAUAUCCAUCCACACACACAAUUCCACAAGCAGCCCUCAUACACAGCCCCCAUUCAUAUGUAUCAUACACGAUACCACAAUCUACUCAUGAACAUAUACAAUAUAAUAGCUCAUAUACGCACAAAUACAAAGAUACAAAGCAAUUACAGUAUAAAUAACACAAGCAGAAUACGGCAGCAUACACACCUCAAUUAAAAAAAAAUAAAAAAUAGGACUGGCACGCUACGGGACAUCACAAUCCUAUAUCGGCACAGUGCUGCUAAAAGGUUGCCUACCCCUGUGAUAGAACAUUAUGUCAAACCAUCUGCAUUUUAAGGGACAAUUAAUAAAAAUCUCAGUGGGGACAAUCACUGUAUGGUUAAUGCAGGAUGCUCAUUCACAGAGCGGCAAUGUCGCCAUGACAGCCAAGUUUUGCCACAAUGCAAAUUACCCAGGAAUAAAGGAAACAAAUAAUAAAAUGUGCAGAUGGCAAACAAACAAAAGGAUAGGACUGCGCCAAUAAACAAAGUAAAUAAAUAAAAGUCCUAGUUAGGGUAGUGGUAGUUAGAACAGAGUCCAGAAAAGUGGAACUUGGGUCCUAUGCUGGUCUCUGGAGUUGUAAGGUUCCGCUCCUCGCAGUGUUCAAAUAUAUAGGAGAGGGUGAUAAGAGAUGAAAGGAAUGAUGGUGCAGGUCGUUCCAAGAGGUGUCAGAUAUAAAGGAAGAAGUCUUACUCACAUUUGGUAGAGCUUAAUCCAGCUCUUGCAGCGGUAUAAUCCCCGUUUAAAGGACAUGCGGUGAGUAUCCUCUUCGGUGCAGUGACAGAGAGCCAAGGGGGAGAUAAAAAUGGAAAGAAUAAUGGUGCAGUAUGUUCCACAGUGAGUAAGAGAUGAUAAAAUAUAGUAAAUACACUCACAUUUAAAUAAUAAAAUGUGCCUGGUGCUGUCAUGGGAUAUGUAGUUCUGCAUCUUCUGGGCAGCUAACUGAUGGCUGCUCCUAGUUUUAAUGCAAAUUUCACUGUAUAAACUGACAUUUGAUGAUUAUUUAUUUAUUGUGAUUUUGUAGGUUAUCUGGAUCGAUGGAUUCUCUGUCGGAAAUCCCAACAAAUAAGCUGAACUAUUCAUUCCCAGGUUUGUAUGCUAAUCACUUACCUUCGUUUUCUUCUUGCACUGGUGACUUUAUGACAUCCAGGACCUUGAAACCAGGAAACAAACUGCUAAUUGUGCUAUUUAUCCCAAUCCAGCUACGUUGCAAUCACCUGGUUAAUUUCCCCCAAUUCAGUGAAGACCCCUUUCUCUUGGUGUGAUUAAUGAGACCCUCCUGCUAUUAUUACAGUUUAUAAUUUCUUAGGGUUUGUGAAGUUUGUAAAACUGUUGAAAUGUCAGCUUGGCCUUUAACCUCUGCAUUUUAUUCCAGGUUUCAGACGAAGCUACAGCUCUACAUCCACAAACGCCUCGCAAAAGGAGCUGGACAGGAGACACUCUGUUGGAAGGUGAAGUUUGUGUAAACGAUUCCCUUUCGAAUGUAUGUGUUUUGUUUUUCAAAUCCGACAUGUUGGGAUUUAAUUCAGUGCCUCUGGCUUUAUGUUCAGUGCAGUGAGCUCUUGGAUCAUUUAAACAUUUCGGGUUUAUUGAAUAAACCCAGUAAAUAUAAGGAACUGUAAAUGAGUAGCUCCAAUGCACCUCAAUAAUAUCCGAUUCGGUAGUGAACAUAUACAGCCUUCUACCCAUAUCAAUCUCAUGGGACUCGGGGAACCCUCUCUAUCUAGGGCACCAACACCUGUGACCAGGACAGACCAAAGAACUGUGAAUUGAUAGAGUAUCUAGAAAACAGUGGGAGUAGACAUAUCCAUGGUCUCAUUAUGUGCAAUAGCUUACUAAAUGGUUAUUUAAAAACAGGUUUUAUUUAAUUUUUUUUUUUUUAUUUACAACAUAUGUUAAAGGAACACUAUAGUCACCUAAAUUACUUCAGCUAAAUAAAGCAGUUUUAGUGUAUAGAUCAUUCCCCUGCAAUUUCACUGCUCAAUUCGCUGUCAUUUAGGAGUUAAAUCACUUUGUUUCUGUUUAUGCAGCCCUAGCCACACCUCCCCUGGCUAUGAUUGACAGAGCCUGCAUGAAAAAAAAGGUUUCACUUUCAAACAGAUGUAAUUUACCUUAAAUAAUUGUAUCUCAAUCUCUAAAUUGAACUUUAAUCACAUAAAGGAGGCUCUUGCAGGGUCUAGCAAGCUAUUAACAUAGCAGGGGAUAAGAAAAUCUUAAUUAAACAGAACUUGCAAUAAAGAAAGCCUAAAUAGGGCUCUUUUUACAGGAAGUGUUUAUGGAAGGCUGUGCAAGUCACAUGCAGGGAGGUGUGACUAGGGUUCAUAAACAAAGGGAUUUAACUCCUAAAUGGCAGAGGAUUGAGCAGUGAGGCUGCAGGGGCAUGUUCUAUACACCAAAACUGCCUUGGCACACUCAAGGCAUACAAUGUAAAUGUCUUUAUAUAUCAUGAUGGCACAUGUAUAGAAUGAUUGUCUAUAUUGAAUACCUUCUUACCACACUUUACAAGCAAAUGCUGGAUCAUGUCUACAGUAUCGUGGAAUGACUGUUACCUAAUCCCCAAGGUGCUGCAAGAUUAGCAGGUGGCAUUGAGUAGUUGCUGAGGUAACUGCAGAAUUAGCAGAUGACAUUGAGUGUUUACUGAGAUUACCGCAGGAUUAGCAGAUGGCAUUGAGUGUUUAUUGAGAUUACCGCAGGAUUAGCAUAUGACAUUGAGUGUUUAUUGAGGCUACUGCAGGAUUAGCAGAUGGCAUUGAGUGUUUACUGAGACUACUGCAGGAUUAGCAGAUGGCAUUGAGUGUUUACUGAGAUUACUGCAGGAUUAGCAGAUGGCAUUGAGUGUUUACUGAGGUUACUGCAGGAUUAGCAGAUGGCAUUGAGUGUUUACUGAGAUUACUGCAGGAUUAGCAGAUGGCAUUGAGUGUUUACUGAGGUUACUGCAGGAUUAGCAGAUGGCAUUGAGUAGUUGCUGAGGUUACUGCAGGAUUAGCAGAUGGCAUUGAGUAGUUGCUGAGGUUACUGCAGGAUUAGCAGAUGGCAUUGAGUAGUUGCUGAGGUUACUGCAGGAUUAGCAGAUGGCAUUGAGUGUUUACUGAGGUUACGCAGUAGUUCUGUAUCCUGCUCAGCACUGCAAUGAGUCUGACCCAAGCCAUUUUAAAUUUGUCUCACGAAACUGUAUCAUGCAGCUUAAACUCUUUCUUAAAGAAAAAUGUCCACCUUGUGUAAAAACACUUUUUUUUUUUUUUUUCCUUUUUUUUUUUAAUAUUAAUUUUGUUACUAUGUCCCUUUGUAUCAUCCAGUUGCAUAUUUGGGGCUUUCAGGCUUGCUAGUAAGUUAUCAGCCCCUAGAUGGUGCUAGAUCCCCCCCAUUUACCUGGCUCUGUAUGUUGUGCAAAACAUAACAUUCCAGAACCUUUAGAAGAAUUUUGCCAUUAUAGAUUGAUUUCUGUCCCCAAUUAGUGACCGGAACUGGUGCACUCAGAGACUUUGUGCAGUGUAACAAUAACGUUUAGGGCAUUAUGUGCACGCUUUACAUGGCUUAUUAGUUUUUUGUGGCGUGUGCCGCUCUCUUUAUGAAAGUUUAACAGUGGCCGCAAUAUGAUGAACAAACAUACAAAGGGGAACGCCCCGGGUUAUAAACACAAGCAGAGAGAAAGAGGGUGACUUAAAUAGGACCAGAGCUGAAUAACUUCUCAGUGAUCUUCACUCAAAAAGAGCAAAAUCCCUGUGAUAUCUGCAGGCUGACGAGUGAAUGUUCCCAAAGCCAGCAGGAUAUGCAUUUAAUGAUUCCUUGCUUUUAGCUUUUAGCACCCGCCAAGUGCUUACAAACACUUUAAUGAAUCCGUGAAAGGACUGCUCUCCUGAGAGUUAAUGCUCGUGUUGGAUGGUUUAAAGGAGGAAGAACAAGCUCCUUCUAUUUAUUGUCCUUUUGCUUGCAUGUGAUUAUUUAAAGUCCAAAUGCUCACAAUGUCAUCAAACAUAACGUACGCUACUUCUUGCCAUUUAGUGUGCGAUGGACAUUGUCCCUAAAGAUUUAUUUGUUCAAUCAAGACACUCCAAAAAAUGUUGCUGCAAUAGUAACCUUUCAGUUAACAGAAUAUCUAAAGUAGCAGGAGAUUAAAUGAUGAUCUUCCCUCUAUUCAUGCACCAGAUUUCUUCUAGUCACAUGACUUUUAUCUCUUCCCAUAGGUCUAAGAACCCUGUGCUUAGAAGGAGCUGGAGCAGCUCUGCCACAUCUCGCGUUGGCGAUGGGACGGUGAAACUCCAGAAAGGUUUCCAAGUGUUAUUGACCAGCUCCAAUGAAAUGGCCAUCAUUCGCUACAUGGGUCCCACUGACUUUGCUCCCGGCUUGUGGCUGGGCUUGGAACUCCGAAACGCCAAGGGGAAGCACGAUGGAUCUGUGGGGGAGAAACGCUACUUUAACUGCAAGCAAAACCAUGGGGUUCUGGUGCGACCUAGCAGGGUGACUUACCGAGGGAUUAAUGGAUCUAAACUGGUGGAUGAAAUCUCCUGACAUGGAUUUCUAGGGAACCUGUAAAUAAAUGUAUUAAUGCUGUUACGCUUAAAUAUAUAUAUUUUAUUUAUUUCUUCUGCACAAUGAGCUCUGUAAGAGUAACUCAUUCAUCGUUCAUUAACUGAUCAUUUAUUUGUCUACGUUUGUUCUAUUACGCCUACUUUCUUAGGUAUUCCUUUUUACUCAGAAUGUAUCACACAGUGAUUACAAUAGGACAUUUUAUCUGUGCCAUGUGUUCACCUAAUUUCUAACAAACUCCUAGCUCAAAAGCUAUUUCCGUUCUGUAAAUUAGCAUACAAUAGUCCCAUGGGUAUACAUGCACAAACACUACAGUGGGGGAAAGAUAUACAUGGGUACCCUAGACUACGGAGCUUCCAGUCUCAUGCUGCAUAAAGGGAUGCUGGUACAUGUGUCUGCAGCUAAUUCAUAAUAGCGUUUCCGUUCUAUCUACACGUUUAACUAGGUUAGUAUACCAAUCAUUUAAACGUACGCAAAACAGAUAUGUCAAGAGGACGUGUUCACUUUAACAGUGAUGAACAUAUACUGGAGUUUAGUAAAGUGUAUUCUAAUUAAAGUUAAUGCACAGAUCUAGAUAGAUUUAAGCAAUAACCCCCUCUGUUUGCCUUGGGUAUUCACUUUCACAGAUAGGAAUAGAGUGACCAUCGCAUAUAAACAUUUAGUCUUUAUUAAUAUAUUCUAAUUUGUUCGUAGAUAUGAUGUUUCUGUUUAUUUUUGUACACUUUCUCUACUUUCUGGAUUAUUCACUAAAUUGUGAAUCGAGGAGAAUUCAAAGCAGAUUUUCAAUUUUAGACCAAAAUAGCCAAAAUUGGAAAAAUAAACUCUCCGAGUCGACUACGCCUAGAGUUUUAGUUUUGCUAUUUUGCCCUGAAAUUGUUGUUUUUUUUUGUUGUUUUUUUUUUAAAAAUCUUUGAAUUCCUGACAACUGACACGUGAACACCCCUAUUUGGAAGAAAAUAACAAUUUUUUGUUACGUUUGUUUAACAAGUGUUCUAUUUCCUUUAAAAAUAUAUUCUAGAUGCCUCCAGUUACCCUUUGUAUAGAUUAAGAAGUUUUAAUAGGAGUUUGCUCUUUAGAAAACAUACUGUCUGAUUACAAUAACUUUUUCUGGUUUGUCCCCACUGUGUGGUGCGCCAGUGGAAUAAUGCGAUGCUACCUUGCUAAUCUUUAGGAUGUGCUUGUUGACUGGGUGUCAGGUCCUGGAACUUUACCUACAUUGAUCCUAAGGCGUCUGUAACUCAUUUCUAAGUAAUGUUAAUGCAGAUUGUUGGGAUCGCCAUGUGAUUUAAGUAAACACAUAGCAAAGCACUUACAUGGGAGAGAAUUCCCGCGGACCCAUAUAAAGCACUUUUGAACUUUAAAGAAUGUAUUUCCGUGUAAGGAAAGAAAAAAGUGGGAAUUUUUGUUCUGCAGCGUAAAAUAUUUCUUAACCAUUCUUAAAUAAAGUUAUUCUAAAAACAUGUUCCACUUGCAUUCUUGACCUUUAGAAGAAAACUGCAGUCACCCAGAACUGGGCUGUUGCAUUCCUGUUUUUUUUUUUUUUUUGAAGGAUGUAGUAAAG